AUGGGCAUCAAGGAUCUUCUCAGAUUCAUGAAGCCUUACAUCGAACCUGUCCACAUAAAGAAGUACACUGGCAAACGUGUGGGUAUUGAUGCAUAUUCAUGGCUUCACAAGGGAGCUUAUUCAUGUAGUAUGGAGCUUUGUCUUGACUCUGAUAGUGGAAAGAAAUUGCGGUAUAUUGAAUACUUUAUGCAUCGAGUCAACAUGCUUCGCUUCUAUAAAAUAACCCCAGUUGUUGUUUUUGAUGGUGGCAAUGUUCCUUGCAAGGCAGCAACUGAGGAAGAGAGGAAAAGAAAAAGAACGGCUAAUCGGCAAUUGGCAAUGGCGAAGCUCAAAGAAGGGAAUGUUAGUGCAGCUUCAGAGCUCUUCCAGAGAGCAGUGAAUAUUACUCCUCUUAUGGCACACCAACUAAUUCAGACUCUGAAAUCAGAGAACAUUGAGUUUGUUGUAGCUCCAUAUGAAGCAGAUGCUCAGUUAGCAUACAUGUCCACCCUUGAAGCUGAAAAAGGUGGAAUUGCGGCAGUUAUCACAGAAGAUAGUGAUCUGAUAGCAUAUGGCUGUCCAGCUAUUAUUUUCAAGAUGGACCGUCAUGGGAAUGGUGAAAGAGUGGAGUUAGAGAAGGUUUUUUCUGCUGAGUCUAGUAGACCUUCAUUCCGGAGUUUUGAUAUGAAACUCUUCACUGGUAUGUGUGUCUUAGCUGGCUGUGAUUUCCUUUCAUCUGUUCCUGGAAUUGGUAUUGUUCGAGCUCAUGCCUUGGUUUCCAAGUAUCGGAACCUAGAUCGUAUCUUGUCUGUUCUUAAGUUUGAGAAAGGCGAUCAAAUGCCUGAAGAUUAUGCCAAUUCCUUCAAAGAGGCAGUUGCAGUCUUUCAGCAUGCUCGAAUAUAUGAUGCCGAUGCUAAAGAGCUUAAGCACAUGAAGCCUCUUCCGCAAAAUUUUCUUGAGUCACUUGAUGGAAAACUUGAUUUCUUAGGACCAGAAAUUCCCCCAACUAUUGUCACAGCAAUAGCUGAAGGAAACUUGAACCCAUCAACUAAGGAAGCCUUUGAUAAGUCUGAAUAUCCUAGGAUUUCUCUACCCCCCAUUGAACUCCAAAGCAAUGGUCAACUUAGGAAAGUUGAAGCUCCUGCACCAUUUAGACAGGAGAGCAACUUUUCAGUCUUUGGUUCCCAUAAUAGCACAGAAAAUAGUACAGUGACAAGACUGUCAGAUAAAGAUGAGUAUUCCGAUGAAGCAUUUGCACUUCAGAAACUAGUCAUGCCAUUGGAACCAAAUGGAACAGUAGAAAAGACUAUUAUAUCUGAUGACACACCUUUGAAGGUUCCUAACAACAACCCAUUUAGGAUAAGAAAACCUGAGGAAAUAUAUUUGGUACAGACAGAUGACACGGUUGAAGAAAUUUCUAUUGUCAGCAGUGAUGAGUAUAUUGAUGUGUGCAUAUCUCCAGAUAACUUUCAAGAGGAGUUGUCUGAAAAUCUCUCAAGGAAAAGGAAAUUUCAGAACAUAGGCUCAGAUGAACUAGAAGCCACUGGUAAACAGGUUUCAGGAGUGACUGAAGUAGAAAAUUCUGAUAUUUUAUGCAUGACUGUGGAAUCCCAAGAAAGUGUAAAUUCUAAGACUAGGAAAAGUGCUGAUUUGAAAGAAAGUUGUGAAAGUGAAAAGAAAUCCACGAGAAGCAAGUGCAAGAAAACAGGGAGCAACAAUAGAACUAUUCUGAAUUUCUUUUCUAGAGUGUAA